AUGGCCGACACGUCCAAACACAGCGAUGGCCCCAGUCCGUGGGAUGCUGCAGCUUGGGAGAACUCGACCAUCCCCGACUUCGACGAUGACUUUAUCGGAGAGGCUGAUGUUCAGGAGUUUGCUAAGGCCCUUGCCGCUCCAGACUUUACUUCCCCCUCGGAGGACGACCUCCUCAAUCCAUCGAAUCAACCUCCCCAAUUCUUCACCGCACUCAAUGAUUGGGCUCCCGUUCGGCAAAAGGUCAAGGGUCGCCAAAAACAGCAGAAAGAGAAGAAGAAGAAGCUCCCGCCGCGUCGAGGCAAGGACGAGACAAGAGAAGGAUGGACAUACAAUCUGCUCAAGUGGCCCCUGCUAUUUGUAGUCCUGGGCUGGAUCAUGGCUUUAGGACUCUCGUACAUGUUCACGAGGUUCUACAUCUACCUUUACGAGCACUUUGUUACCUGGCGGGGAAAGCGUGAGCAACUACGUGCAAGUCUGCGUCACAAGUCAAACUACCAGGACUGGAUCAAGGCCGCCGAGGAGCUCGACGGCCAUCUCGGUAGCGACAAGUGGAAGACUGCCGAUGAGUACGCCUAUUACGAUAGCAAGACCAUUCGUCGCGUCAAGCAGCGUCUUCAAUCCUUGAAAGCAAAAGUUCAAGCAGAGACGAACAGCCAACCUGCCGAGUCCCCUGGCACGCGUGCUGUCGACGAGCUGCGUGGUCUUGUCGAGGCUUGUGUCAAGAAUAACUUUGCUGGCUUCGAGAACCCUCGCCUGUAUUCCGAAACUUACUACGGCACCAAAAACCUCAUACAAGACUUUAUCGACGAGGCUUCAGACUGUAUCAAACUAUUACUAGACUCCGAUCAACUCUCCUUGGAAGACAAACGUGCCAUGGUCAAGCACCUCAGCACGAAUUUUGGACGCACCGCUCUCUGCCUGUCAGGUGGAGCGACAUUUGCUUACUAUCACUUCGGUAUCGCGAAAGCCCUGCUGGAUGCGGAUCUCCUUCCUCCAAUUAUAACUGGUACCUCGGGUGGUGCCCUUGUUGCUGCUCUACUAGGUACUCGUACGAACGAGGAACUCAAGUCGACUCUUGUUCCUGCGUUAGCUGCUCGUAUAACUGCCUGUAGAGAGCCAAUCUCCGUUUGGUCACGACGUUGGUAUAAGACCGGUGCUCGCUUUGACUCUGUCGACUGGGCCCGGCGAUGUGCUUGGUUCUGCCACGGCUCACUCACUUUUCUCGAGGCUUUUCAAAGGACGGGUCGAAUACUCAACGUGUCUUGCGUACCUUCAGAUCCACACUCACCGACUAUUCUUGCAAACUAUUUGACAGCUCCUGAUUGUGUCGUCUGGUCUGCUGUCAUUGCGUCAGCUGCCGUUCCUGGUGUUCUCAAUCCAGUGGUACUCAUGAGAAAGAAGAAAGACGGCACCUUGGAGCCAUAUGCCUUCGGUCACAAGUGGAAGGAUGGUUCGCUUCGCACUGACAUCCCACUCAAAGCCCUCAACUUGCAUUUCAACGUCAACUUCAGCAUCGUCUCUCAGGUCAACCCGCACAUCAAUCUCUUCUUCUUUUCAUCACGCGGCAGUGUCGGCAGGCCAGUGACACAUCGACGUGGUCGAGGCUGGAGAGGUGGCUUCCUCGGCUCUGCUCUCGAACAAUAUCUCAAGCUCGACUUGACCAAGUGGCUAAAGGUGCUCAGGCAUCUUGAACUACUCCCACGACCAAUGGGCCAAGAUUGGAGCGAGGUGUGGUUACAGCGAUUCUCGGGCACGAUUACGAUCUGGCCGAGGUCCAAACCCUCCGACUUCUGGCACAUCCUAGCAGAUCCCUCCAAAGAACGCCUGGCUGGAAUGAUUCAAAACGGACAACAGGCUGCAUUCCCAAAAUUGAAAUUCAUUGCUAACCGCAUGAAGAUCGAAAAGAUCGUGGAAGACGCACGACAGAGCAUGAGACCCAAUCCCAAUGCUCUGCCGACUCCAUCUAUUGAAAAGAGUCAAAUGCGCAGUAUGCUGAGCAGUGAUGACCUCGAGUCGAUACUUGAGCAAGCACGUCUAGAUGGCGGCAAGCUCCAGCCUAGCCCGAUGUUUUCCGAGACCCCCGACAGGAUGCAGAGCGGCAGAACCUCGAAGAACCAUUCGCCGAUGGGAUCACGCUUCGAAGAAAGUAGAGCACCUUCUCCAUCAUUUGCUAGACGCUUUAGUGGAUGGCUGGGUUCCAUGUCACCACGCGCUUCAAACGAUACUGUACGUCCGAGUGUCCGACAGCUUAAGCGCGAGGAGUCAUUAGACUUUGCCCGACGAGGCAGUGUCAUUGAUGAGCUUACACGACAAACAAGCGUGUUUUUUGCUGAGCCAGAGAGCGAGAGCGAAAAAGAGGACGAGGAAGAAGAUGUUGCGCCAUACGGCAGUAGCGAGCGAGACUGGCGAGAUUACGGCGAUGCUGAUGGUGAUACAACGGCGAGUGAGGAUGAAGCAGAAGCCUUUAUAAAUGGAGGUAGGAAGACCAAGACAAAUUAA